AUGCCGUCCCUGCAAGCCAUCGUUCGCGCCAGUGUGCGGGACGUCGCUGCCCUCGGUCGCGCGAUCGACGUGUAUGUCGUCUGCCUCACCGCGCUGGAUCCUGCGCUCGUCGCCCGCGUGACCGACUCGAUCGCGCCGCUGCCGUCGCCGCUUCGCCGCGUUGUGUACGACGACACCUGUGGUCGGCCUGCUUGUGCUCAUGCUGCGCUAGAUGCUCACGUCGCUCGUCUCCCCCACGCAACGCUCCACUCGGUCUGUGACGCCGACUUGCUCACGGUGCUCGAAGACGUGCUCGAGAGCGCCUUGUACGAAGCCCACUGCCGCCGCAUCCAAGCGCCCUCACUCCUCGCAGCGUCCAUCCAGGCGGCCUUUGAAACGCUCUCGGCGCUCGCCCGCCCGUCGCCCGCCGUCGCGGAUCGCGUUGCAACGAUCUUUUCGGCGCUGUCCCAGCCGCUGCCGCCACUCCCCUCGUCCUGGGACGCGGUGCCAUCGUUCGUCGAAGCUUUCUUUGCCCCGCUCAAGACGCCCGAGACGCGCUGGCGACCAGUCGUGCAAGCCAUGCCCGCCAACCAAUAUGCUUCGCUGCUCUCGUUUCUCUUUGCCGCGCUCCUCGAGUCGGUCGUCCCGGCGCCGAUCGUCGUUGCCCUGCCGUCCGCCUGGCUCGACGCUCUCCACAACAGCCUCCGUGAUCUCGCCGCCUCGGCCGUCGUUCCGCUCCAAGUGACGACUGCGCCGUCCAAGCGCAAGCUCGCCCUCGAUGCGCCCGCACCGAUUAUGCCGGACAGAAUGGUCUGCGUCGUACCGAUGCUGCCAGCGAUCGCGCGCCAAAAGACGUGGGCGCUGCAGGCGCGCGUCAAGCGCACCAAGUCGGCGCUCGCCCACGAGCAGUCGGCGUCGGCGUCCUACCGCGAUUUUUGCAGCGCCAACUCGCAGCGUGCGCGCCGUCGCCGUGAGCCAUGUAUGUCAAUAGAAGCGGAUGCAUAUGUAUUUGCUUGUCCGUGGACUUGUCGAAUGACUCUGGUGGAAUCUUUUUCCAAUCUUGCAGAAGACGUGACGACAUGA